AUGUACUCACUCUGCGACCCUCCAGUCCCUCGCCAAAACCAUCUACUUAACCGCAACCGGCCAUCCCCAACGCCAAAGGCCCCGCCUCUUAUUCACCGGCCCCUAGCAACGCCGGCAAGACCACGCUGCUGCACUACCUCCGUCAUCCGGAUCCCACCGCACCUGUCACCCUGUCCACUUCGGGGACCUCAGGAACCGAUAUAUACCUUGACACCAGCGACGGGCGCCGUCUCGCGAUCGACGCGGCCGACUUCGGCGGCUUCUGCGACCGCGACCGCCCAGGUGGCAUCCGCCAGGUUGCGGCGCGACUAUCUUGCUGCGGGCGGCGUCGAUGGGGUAGUCUUUGUCGUGGACGCUGCGGAUUAUGAAGAUGGGCUGAAAGAGGCGAGAGGGGAGUUUGAGGAGCUUCUUCGGGUGCUUGGUGAGAUUGAAGAAGGGCGAGACUGUGCUGCUGGGAAGCGGAUGCCUGUGCUGGUGCUGGGUAACAAAAUUGAUAAACCUGGUGCGGUGGCGGAGGAGGAGUUGAGAGACUUGCUGGGGGGCCUUUCGAGUCCUGUAGGUGUAGGGAAUGAGAUGAGCCGAGGGAGAGAAGCCUCACGGCCGGUUAAGCUGUUCAUGUGCUCGGUGGUGAUGGGGCAGGGCUAUAAGGAAGGGUUUGCGUGGCUGGCGAACAAUGCUUAA